UGUGCGGCGGAGCAGCGCCAGCGCAGACGGGUACAAUGUCACUGGAGAGAUGUCAAAGUGAAUGGACAGAAAUAGAGCAAGAAUAUCAGCAAUUACAGGAAACGCAUAAAGUCUACAGACAGAAGUUGGAGGAGCUGACAAACCUGCAGGCGAUAUGCAGCAGUGCCAUUGGCAAACAAAGAAAAGGCCUGAAAGACCUCAAGCAUAGUCUUCACAAGUGUACGAAAACUUGCAGCGAAAAAGAAACGGAGGUGAUAAAUGACCUGAAGGUUCAAAUUAAAGAAAGGCAAAAUGUCUUUUUUGACAUGGAGUCAUAUCUGCCAAAGAGAAACGGACUAUACUUAAAUUUGGUCCUUGGAAAUGUGAACGUCACUCUCCUCAGCAACCAAGCCAAGUUUGCGUACAAAGACGAAUACGAGAAGUUCAAACUUUAUAUGACUAUAAUACUAAUGUUUGGUGCCGUUACCUGCCUCUUCCUUUUGAACUACCGGGUUACAGAUGAAAUCUUCAACUUUUUAUUGGUGUGGUAUUAUUGCACGUUGACAAUAAGAGAGAGUAUCCUCAUGAGCAAUGGGUCACGAAUCAAAGGGUGGUGGGUGUCGCAUCAUUACGUCUCAACAUUUUUAUCAGGUGUUAUGUUGACAUGGCCAGAAGGUCCAAUGUAUCAGAUGUUCAGAAGUCAGUUCCUGGCAUUUUCCAUCUAUCAGAGUUGUGUGCAGUUUCUUCAGUAUUAUUAUCAGAGCGGCUGCUUGUAUCGGUUACGGGCUCUGGGGGAAAGAAACCAGCUGGACCUGACAGUGGAGGGCUUUCAGUCGUGGAUGUGGAGGGGGCUUACAUUCCUCCUCCCGUUUCUGUUCUUUGGCCAUUUUUGGCAGCUGUACAAUGCUGUGACUCUUUUUAAGCUGUCUGCCCGUGAUGACUGCAAGGAAUGGCAGGUGUUCAUGCUGGCCUUGACGUUUCUCGUCCUGUUCUUGGGAAAUUUCCUCACUACUUUGAAAGUGGUACACCAGAAGCUCCAGAAAAACAAAGAAAAGGUCAAAAAUAACUGAUGAGACGCCAGCUGAAAGAUUUCGCACGCAGCGUGGCCAGUGAGGAGCUCGCAGAACUGAACUUCAAAGCGCACAAAACUGUUUCGUCCAUGGGAGUCUCGUCUCACGAGCUGUUUGGACAGGGUUGGAGGUGGAUGUUGACGUCUCCCUUCGAACUCGUUUCAGCAGCAGCGGUGAAAAUCAAGAUUUCGUGUCACGUUGCCCUAUCGUCUGUUAUGUUGUUUUUGCUCUUAUUUAUGCAAUCACAGCAGUUAGAGGGUAACGUUUGGGUUAGAAACCACUGACAACCUUCAGACACUGUAUACUCAAUAAGCGAGGAGACUGCAAUUCACUUGUUUUGUUCCUGUGCAUGGAUAUGUUUACAAUAAGCCACAUUUAAACUUUAUGCAACGACGCAGGAAGGCUGUAGAACUGCAGACGCUCAGUUCACUGCAGCAUCUCAAAGGGAUUCGUUAAGGUUUUUUUUUUUUUUUUUUUUUAAGAAGCUGGAUGGCGAUUAAAGCACUUGUUCUCAUGCAAGGCAUUUUAGCUGAAGCGUAUGUUACAUAUUUACGGGAAAGCAUUGAAACAAUGCAACUCUAAGGGAAAGGUGUGUUUUGCACGUCGUGGCUUGUUAGUGCAGCGAUUGAGCAAGGCCAGAUUCUCGAAUUAAACGAAUAGUUCAUGCAAAAAUGAAAACCUAUUUCUAAAUUUGCUCACCCUCAGACCACACCAAGAUGUAGAGAAGUGUUUUUUUUCCAUCAGAAAAGAUUUGGAGAAAUUUUACACGUUAUUGGGUCCUCUGCAGGGAAUGGGUGCCGUCAGAUUAAGAGCACAAACUGCCAAAAACACCACUUCAUUCCAUUAUCAAUAAUAUUGCUUUCUGUUGACUCAGGAGAGAAAUAUACACAGAUCAAACAAUGUUUACAAGUGAAAACGGUCCAAAACCUGAAUGGACUUUUGGAGAGCAAAAGCUCGUAUUUGGACUAGAAGACACUAAAAGUUGAAACAUGGUAACGAUGGAUUUGUUUUUCACAAACACACAGCUUUUUGUGGACUGAAAUCAUGUGGAUUACUGUGAUGUUUUUUUUUAUCAGCUGUUGGACGCUCAAUCCGACGGCACCCAUUCACUGCACGUGACCAAGUGGUGUAAUGCUAAAUUUCUCUAAAGCAGUUUUCAAUGUAGAAACAAACUCAAAUACAUCUUCACUUUUGGGUCACGUGAUAUUCCCUGACUUUGUAUGAUUAACAAUGGCAAUAAAGCUCCGGUAAAACUUCGUAACACAUUAGGGACGUCCCUUUUCUCCUGCCUUGUUAUUUUCACACGUUUGUAGACAUGUAACUGCAUUAUGAGUCAGAAUAGCAGAGAUGAUGAACUAUAUCUUGCAUAAUGUGAAUGAAUGCCGUUAUAUUUACAUCUACUGUAAUAGAACGAACCGGUGUGUUUCUGUGUUACUUAGGACGUGUCAAAGAAAAAAAGCGUUUUGUUUUGUUUAAGCAAAGUCUUUCAUGGUUUGCCAUCAGGCCGGAAACCUCUCUCCUAUGUGAUGUUACAGAGGCAGGUCACAACAGAAGUUAGAUUUGGUUAGAGAACGAUUUGUUUGCCUUAACGCUCCCCUUUGCCUGUUCACACCUGGUUUAGUUUAGCCAAGAACCCAAGUGUUACAAGCUGUUUGGAAUUUCAUGGGCUCGGUGAACCGCACCUGAAGCAAAAAGCUGUAAUUAAAGGGAUUUCUCAUGUUGGGAAAUGCUUUAUUGCACAAUUAACCACUGCGUAAAUCAUGCGUAACAGUUGUCACGAUUCACAAUGUGAUUUUGUCAGUGUUUUGUGUUGAACGAAAUAACUGCACUUUUUUUUUUUUUUUUGCUUGAACGUAAAAUAAGCCUUCGGACUGGAGGAAAAGGAGGUUUCCAAAGGUUAUUAGAUAUUAAGCUGGAUUUCUAUUCACUUUCUGUUGCUAUAGAGCAAAUAAAUUCAAUCUGAUGCAAUCUGUGUGGCCUCGUGUGAAAAUGUACUGCUUCUUCACCACCAGAGAGCGCAAGAGUGAAACGUGCUUCUACAUUGUGGGUGAAAUAAAGUACUUUAAGAGA